AAUAAAAGUUAGAGAGAGAAAACAAAUAGAGAUUAGUGUUGGAGAGACAUAGGGAGCUUGUUUGUGAGAUUUUGAUAUUAAGCCAACAAAUUUGUUUUCAGUAGUAAUUUAAGAGUUCUUGUUCUCUUUUAUUGCUCCCUGUCCUAAAAGAUCAGUACCUGAAAAUUCCAUUCUUGUUAUAGUUAGUCUUCCUCCUCCUUGUCUUUCUCUCAUCAAAAUCGUUUCCCCUUUUGAGUCUUUAAUCGUUCAUGCUUACAAAACCAUGAGGAUCAGGAAACGUUUUCCUCCCUCAGCAUCAAUCUCUUCAGCUGCCCCGUCAGAUCCCCAGCUCAACCGGUCACCGGUGGUGCAACCACUCAUACAAGUAAAUCCCCAUCAGAAUCUUCAUAUGGUGCAAGAAGAGGCAAAGCACAACAAUCCCAAAAAUCCCGAUCCUCAAAAUCAGCCCUUCCAGCAACCAAAUAGUCAAGCAAUCACGACCACAAAUGAAAAUCCCACAUGGGAUUUUCUCAACAGCGGUGUUGAUGAAGAGAAGUUGAAGCAAAAGGAAAUUGAAGGGAAGGAGAUUAAAGAUGAGAGGUGUAGCUGUAAUGAUACAAGGAAGGAUAGCAUUCAAGGAGAAUUAUCUACUACGCAGUUUCCUCUGCCAUCAUCUUCUUCUUCACCAGUUAUUGAGAGAUGGUGUGAAGGGGAUAAAGUUGUUCCAUUGAAGAAAAGAAAAGGGAGCUUUGAGACAAUUAACAUUGCAAGCAAAGAAACAACAAAGGCGAAAAUGAAGUCGAAAACAAACAAGAAAUGUUUGCUACAAAGUGGUGAUGGACAUGAAGGGAUCAAGAAAACGAUGUCUAGUGCUGGUGCAAAGAAGAGCAAGAGAGGCAGCGUUAUCAUGGAGGGUUCGCGGUGCAGUCGCGUUAACGGGCGAGGAUGGAGGUGUUGCCAACAGACUCUUGUAGGUUAUUCCUUGUGCGAGCAUCAUUUAGGUAAAGGAAGGCUAAGAAGCAUGACUAGCGUUCGAAACAGUGCCAUGACUAAUCAGAUUGGUGCAAAUGAGAAGGAUGAAAUAACUGCACCACUGUCGAGUUUGCAAGAAAAAGAAGUGGUGAAAUCUUUGUCAAGCAAGAUUAAUAGUAAUGAUUUUGAUGAUCAGGAUGAUGAUGAGAAGAAGCCAUUGGUGGGGGUAAAGAAAAGAAUGAAGCUCGGUGCAGUUAAAGCUAGAUCCAUGAGCAGCCUCUUAGGCCAGACAGAUACUAAUAUGGUAGUGGGAUCUAAUGGCAACAACCAUAUAUAGUGACUAAAUCAUAAAUGGUGAACAUGAAUAUGCUCUAUUUCAUGAGAAAACUUUAAUUUCGAAAGGUAUGUUUGCUGGCUGCGGAUGUUGAUCAAUUAGAUCAUGCAACUGUUAAUACUUUCGUUUUAAGUGUUUUCCUUUCUGGUGUU